UUGUUGCGACCCCUCGGUCGACGCGCCUUAUCAGGACGAUCUUCAUUGAGGUACCAUGAUCCCGACAGAACUCGAUAGAUGUAGGUAGAACACUCAAUAUGACAGAGCAACUUGUCAAAUGCUGGGACGUCAAACAUGAGAUGGUCAGGAGAAUGAUUAGGCAAAAUUGCGGUGUGGUUCUCGAAUUGUUAUUAUAGAAUUUUUGCAGUUACUCGUUAUAGUUAUAAUUGUUUUGCAAGUAAUUAGUGAAACGAGAUAAGCUGUACUAGACUUCGGCAUAUUCGCUAACCGUAACUGAACUGCGUUGGAGAUCGUUUAUAGAAACAUAUUAUCGUAAGUUUGAUCAGAUAAUCAUAGUUGAAUUAAGACCCUAAUUUAUCUACAUGCAGUAGAAACAGAUUUGCCGCUAGAAGUUUGGAACCAUACACCAUAAAGGGACGAAGAUAGGAGGAAUUAGAGCACGAAAGAACUAAACGUAAGUUGAGUGUGGCCCCAAUUGAAUUGUGACUAAUGAGGUUGAAUUUCAGGAAUUUUUUAAUGUGCCUAAUAAAUAUUAAGAAAUCGGAAUCUCGUGCCCUCCUUUCACUACUCUUGAUAGUUGACCGGUGAGUCAACAAUUUAAAAAAUUCGUUUACUCCCAUUCCGAGCGGACGAUGCUUGGGCGAACGCCAAUGAAGACGAGAAGCACCGCUGCGUCUCGUGAUAGUAGGACCGCUCCGGGGUCUACUCGAAACGAAAUCGAUGGCAGUCAACACUGCAAAGUUUGCAAAGACGACGACAACACUCGAAUGGUCCAGUGCGACAAGUGUGAUGACUGGUACCACUUCGAGUGCGUGGAAGUAAGCCAAGGUGUCGCAGACCGUGAUUGGCAUUGCCCUAGCUGCUUGCAAGCCGCCAAGGGAGCCAAGAAGAAAAGUACAGUGAAGGAAGCUACUGUAGUACCAUCCGUGAGUACGUUAGCUUCUAUAAAUCCUUCUAUACGAGUAACAUCGGUGCCAUUGAAUGUCGUUCCUCAAAUCUCUUCAAGUUUACCCGCCUUGCCCAGCGAUGUUAAUGAUUCUAUGCUAACACACGUUCCAUCCAAUGUGAUGUUUCCGCCUAUGUCCGCCAAUAAAGUAAGCAACACAAUACCCCCUUCUAAUACCCCAGUAACUAGUACGUUUUCCGCGUCAAAUAUACUGAUUCCACCAAGCAUAUUCACCCUCGCCGGUGGUACAGCGCCCCUCAAUCCGCCUCCCCCGCCAUCGAAUCAAUUUAUACAGUCGACUGCGUGUUCGCUCAACACAUUCCCGGAGAUGAGGAGUCUCAGACAGUGUCUCCCAGUCUCAUCCGGUCAUCCGCCUAUACUAGCAGCUGCAAGCAUCCCCUUGGCAUCCAGCACCAUCAUUCCAACUACUGGAGUCUUAGUUGGACAACUUCCGAACGAGCCGCUGAAAUCAACGUCGGAUAUACCCCAAAACAACGCGAAGCAAGGUUUUCGGGAGACAUCGAGUCAGCAUUCGGGAACUUCGAGGAGAUCUACCAAGCAAAGACAGUUGGAGUUGGAGUUAAAAAUGCUCGACGAAGAGAGGAAAUUGCAAGAGGAAGAAAAUGCGAAGAAGCGUGAAUACCUUCGAAGGCGGUACGCUCUACUGUUGGAGAUGGCCAGCGAAUCGUCUUCGAUAGUUGAAUCUGAAGAUGCAAGAGUUGAGGAUCGAGUGGAAGAAUGGGUCAACAAUGGUAUUAUUGAAGGACAACAGCCAGAUCAGCCGGGACCAACUAGGGAGCUACUGGAGCUCAAUACAGCAGUUCAGCAGCCAUCCAGGAAUGUACGACAGCAUGACAACCACGACGAUAUUCCCAGCCUCGUCAACAACAGCCGUCAAGCUACAUCAUUGCAUCGACCUAGAGUGAUCGCGACAUCGGUUGGGCGACGAAACUACGACAUUCCCUCGAAUCAACCUUCGCAUGGCUUCUCGAAUCAACGUAUGUUGUCGAAUAUCAUGCCACACCGUCCUAAUAUAAACGUUCAGCAAGAUCAGCGAUCGAGAUACGUCCAUUCACCAGCACCUGGUCGAUCCUUGAGACCCGACGCGUUCGACGACGACGAAGGAAAUAAUCUAACUCGUAGUCAAGUUGCUGCCCGACAAGCAGUUUCACGAGAGCUGCCAACUUUCAGUGGGGUUCCCGAAGAAUGGCCGCUGUUUUUCUCUUCGUUCACUACUACAACCAACAUGUGUGGAUAUACAGCGGAUGAAAAUCUCGUACGUCUUCAGAAAUGUCUCACUGGGAAAGCCUUCGAAGCCGUCAAGUGUAUGCUAAUGCACCCGAUGAACGUCACUCAAAUAAUCUCGACGUUGAAGAUGCGCUUCGGAAACCCAGAGAUUAUCGUGCACAAUUUGAUGGCCAAAAUCAGCUCAACCCCGGCUCCAAAGGCAGACAAACUAGAUACGAUAAUUGAAUUUGCUCUUGCCGUCCAGAAUUUAUGUGCAACGAUCGAAGCGUGUCAGCUGGAAGAAUACUCUUUCAACGUAGCACUUCUUCGCGAACUUGUUGAUAAGCUACCAGCGGCUAUCAAACUAGAUUGGGCCAGAUAUAGACGUAAUUUCUCCACUGUAAAUCUGUCCAUCUUUUCUAGCUGGUUGUAUGAGCUUGCAGAAGACAUUUGCCCGCUCGCUGGAUUACCCGCCGAUACGAAAGGUCAGCGAGCAGCUAAGAACAAUCAAGUGUUCCUCAAUGCACAUGCCGAGAACGUAGAUAGCGAACCGAGGAAGCAAAACCCAGGCAUACAAGUCCAGCCUAAACCCACAGACGAAACAUGCAUCGUAUGCAAAAGCAAUUGCCCUAGUGUCGACAAAUGCCAGCGGUUUGACGAAUUGGGAUAUAACGCAAAAUGGGCGGUUGUAAAGGAGUUUGGGCUGUGCCGAAAAUGUCUUAAGAAUCACAAGGGAACCUGCAAAUCACAGAAAGUCUGUGGCAAGAACGGAUGCGAAUAUAAACAUCAUCAGUUACUCCACAACAACCAACGAGAUGCAGCCGCUACUGUUACAUCCGAGGCCAAAUCUAACGCGUCUGGCGAUCUUCACAAGCCUGAUAACCAAAAUCCCUCAGCUAGUGAAUGCAACAUCCAUCAUCAGAUCAGCAACAAGACCUUGUUCAGAGUCAUCCCUGUUAUUCUGUAUGGUCCUCAGAAAAGCAUAAGAACGUUUACCUUCCUGGACGACGGAUCCUCUUACACCUUGAUGGAUGCGACGCUUGCAAACGAUUUGGAGAUCGAAGGAAAGCGUGAACCACUUUGUCUCAAGUGGACAGGAAACAUGGGUCGUCUAGAAAACGAGUCAACCAAACUGAACGUGCAAAUCUCCGGAACUUGGACAAAUCAGAGAAAGUAUUGGCUCCAAGGGGUUCAUACGGUUUCCGCUUUAGAUCUUUUCCAUCAAUCUGUUGACGCCCGAGAACUAGCUAAUCAGUAUGAACAUUUACGUGGAAUUCCAAUCGAAUCUUAUCAGAACGCGCAACCUCGUUUACUGAUAGGAAUUAAGAAUGCCAAUCUCAGUUAUCCUUUGAAAGGACGAGAGGGGAAGAUAAAUGAACCCAUUGCAACAAAAACUCGGUUGGGAUGGGUUCUCCAUGGAGGGUCUGACGAGGAUGAUCUGCUUCUUGCUUAUCACGGUAUUCAGGUCUGCCCUUGCCGCGAAAAGGAAGAUAUUUUCUUGGAGCAUGCGCUGAAAGACUAUCUUUCGCUAGAAGGACUUGGUGUCACGAAACCUGAUAAACCACUGCUAUCCCGAGAAGACCAGAGAGCUCUAGAAAUUUUGAACAAAGUAGUUCAGACAGACGACUGA